UUGUAACCCUGCACACGCCCACGAUGUCUAGGAGUGUUCUGAGAAGUCUCUCUUUCUGUGCGCGCGAGCUCCUUUGGCAUCGCUUCAAUCAUAACCCUAGUCAUAUACUUCCGCUCUUCUCAUUCGAUGCUUCUUCUGCUAUCUCCAUCGCACCCAGAUUUUUCUCUUCCAGCAACAAUUUGUCAGAUAAAGUUUCAUUCACCCAAACCCACGAUAAAGAUAACCCUUCUCAUUCUGGGGAAGUUAUUAGCAGUGAAGAGUUGAAGAAGCGCAUAUCGAAGCUCGAGGAGGGUGAUGACGGAGCUAUACCUGAUAUCUUUGAGGGGAUAUUAUCGAGAAUAUUAGCAGGGAAGCCCGAAGAAGGUCACAAUGAAUUGAGGAAAGAUCUUUUUGGGGAGGAAACAGAGUCAGAUCGAGAGGAAACAGAGUCAGCUGAUGAUAGUGAAGAUUUAGAGCUUGAUCUUGAUGAGGAGGAGAUGGAAGGGACCGAUGAACAACAGACUCACAGAAGUUUAUAACCAGUUGAGUUAGAUGAUGAAUCUGAUAGAGUGAGCACGUGUAUACGUUUUGGGUUAAAUUAUCAGGCCUUACAUUUUCGUUUCUGCUCGAAUUUCACAUCGUGACUAGAUCACUAGACACUCUUCAAUCACGAGUUUUAACAUAUGUGAUCAUAUGAGGUGAAUCAUGUUUUAAAAAAAAUAAAUAAAUAAAAGCAAGUUAUAUUA